AUCAACGAUAGAUUCUGUAGUUUGAUUUUCAGAGUAGUAGUAGUGUAAAGUCGGCGCAAGGAAUCGGAAAUGGCGGUGGGAGAGAAAGAGCACGAAGGAACGGUGGUUGAGAGCGGCGGUGAGAAGAAUGAUUCCGCCGUUGUACUCUCUGCUUCCGGCGAGAAGAAGACCACGAAGCGUAAAGGUUUGUUCUCGCGUAUUUGGAAUGCGAUAUUUAGGGUUAGAGGUGACGAUUUCGAGAAGAGACUUAAGAAUAUCUCAAAGGAAGAAGCAACUGUUCGUAAUAGAAUGAAGCGUAGAUCGAUUACAAGGAGGAACUUCAUUAGAAAUCUCAUCGCUUUCUCUAUCUUCUUUGAGGUAAUUGCAGUGAGUUAUGCAAUCAUGACAACCAGAGAGGAGGAUUUGGAUUGGAAACUGAGGAGUUUCAGGAUCUUGCCAAUGUUUCUUUUACCUGUUGUUGCCUUUCUUCUCUAUUCUUCACUCGUUGGUUUCUGGAGGAUGUGUGACCGCAGAGAUCAGAAUACCUUGGAAAAGCUUCAAGCAGAAAUGUUGGGAAAGAUCAAUGAGUUAAAGGAAAGGACCAAUUAUUACAUUACACAGCAACUUAUUCAGAGGUAUGACCCUGACCCAGCUGCAAAGGCGGCUGCUGCAACUGUUUUGGCAUCCAAGUUGGGUGCUGAGUCAGGCUUGAAAGUAUUUGUAGGAGAUGAAUCCCAAAUUGACCCCACCCCAGGCAAGAGCAAUGACAUGGAAGUCAAACACUCACGAGGGCUCAGAAACCGAAGACAACCAAAUGCAAAACACAAUAGUGCUGGGACCACUCCAACCCAUCAUUCUGAUAAUGAGUCUAACCAUUCUGGAACGAGCGAAAGAAUCACCGGCACAGAGAAAAACCAACAGAUGGUGUUUGAGCAUUUUAAUCCUCAUGGAUAUGCUGCUCAUGAUGGUAGCUGGAUCUCACGCAUUGCAGCUCUCCUUGUAGGCGAAGAUCCAACUCAGUCAUAUGCACUCAUCUGUGGAAACUGCCGUAUGCAUAAUGGACUCGCCCGGAAAGAGGAUUUCCUGUACACUACUUACUACUGUCCUCAUUGUCGAGCUCUGAACAAGCCGAAACAUUCAGAAGAACAUUCACUUAUUGCUCCUGCUGAUACACUCCAUGCAGUUUCUCUAAAGCCAAUGGAAAGGGAAGUGAUCAAUAGCAAUAGCUUGACGACUAGUGAACGCGGUCACAGUCCAAUCCCUUUGUUAAAAAGUCAAGAAAUCGUGGAAGAAGUGCCGGAAACAGCUGAAAGCGAGACACCAAACGUACCUGAGAAAGUUACUGUGAGAUUUACUCUUCUUUAUUCACAUGGCAAUGCCGCGGAUCUCGGCCAAAUGGUCGAUCUCUUCAUCGAGCUUCGAGCUCAUCUCCGCGUCAACAUUAUGAGCUAUGAUUAUUCAGGCUAUGGAGUUUCAACAGGCAAGCCAACUGAGCUCAAUACAUAUUACGAUAUCGAGGCUGUGUACAAUUGCUUGAGGAGUGAGUACGGGAUCACACAAGAGGAAAUGAUUCUAUAUGGUCAAUCCGUUGGAAGCGGACCAACGUUGCAUUUAGCGACUCGAUUAAAGAGACUAAGAGGGAUUAUUCUUCAUAGCGCAAUUCUCUCUGGCCUUAGAGUUCUAUAUCCUGUCAAAAUGACAUUCUGGUUCGAUAUGUACAAAAACAUUGAGAAGAUACGCCAUGUGAAAUGCCCUGUUCUUGUCAUACAUGGAACAAAAGAUGACAUUGUGAACAUAUCUCAUGGGAAACGUUUAUGGGAGCUUGCGAAGGACAAGUAUGAUCCAUUGUGGGUAAAAGGAGGAGGACAUUGCAACUUGGAAACAUACCCCGAAUACAUAAAGCACGUGCGAAAGUUCUUGAACGCAAUGGAGAAACUCGCUCUCAACAAUCCACCAAGCAAACAACAAAAUGACGAUCCAAGCAUCAAGGAAACUAAGCAGAAUCGGUGCUUGAGAUUCAGCAAAAGGUAGAGAGAGCUGGAGUUUGAAGAUAGAAACACAACUAAAUCCUUCCUUUGCAAGUUGCAACAACACACAAAGGCGUUAUUUCCUCAGACAAUGCUAUCAAAUGCAAUAACAGUAGAACAAGAUAUCAUCUUUGUAGGAUUAAGCCUUGUAAUUGAACAAAAUACUUAUCAUUAC